UAGAAAGGACCUUUUAGGGUUUUACAAAAAAAAAUGGAUGUAACAGAUAAGGAGGCGUCGGAAAGUGGCAAGAGAACCGCCGUGGGUCCACCGUCCGUCUUAUCAUACCUUGACCCCAACUACUGGAAUGAGAGGUUUAGCAGUGAAGAUCAUUAUGAAUGGCUUAAAGAUUAUUCCCAUUUUCAGCAUCUUAUUCAACAAAAUAUCAAACCAUCUUCUUCUGUAUUGGAGCUGGGGUGUGGAAACUCACAAUUGUGUGACGAGUUAUAUAAAGAUGGAAUUACCGACCUAACCUGCAUUGAUCUAUCUUCAGUUGCAGUUGAGAAGACGCAGAAACGGUUGCUGUUAAAAGGCUACAAAGAUAUCAAAGUGUUGGAAGGUGACAUGCUGAAUCUUUCCUUUGCUGAUGAGUCCUUUGAUGUUGUUAUAGAGAAAGGAACUAUGGAUGUUUUGUUCGUGGACAGUGGUGACCCAUGGAACCCACGGCCCGAGGUUGUUAGCAGAGCAAUGGCAAUGCUUCAAGGUGUUCACAGGGUCUUAAAUCCCCAUGGUAUUUUCAUCUCCAUCGCUUUUGGUCAGCCACACUUCAGGCGUCCACUAUAUAAUGCCCCUGAGUUUACAUGGUCCAUUGAGUAUACUACAUUUGGCGAUGGAUUUCACUAUUUCUUUUAUAUCUUGAGAAAGGGAUGCAGAUCAUUAGCCGCUGAUGCCGAUAUCAACAAGGUUGAGACGCCAUCUAUGUGCCUUUACCAUGACGAGUUAGAGGAUGAAAAUUACUUAUUUCGCACCAACAUUACUGAAACUGAUGAUGAAACAGAUGAUGUAUAGUCAUGUCAGCAAUCGAGGGUCAAAGAGCAAAGAGCUCUUAAUUUGUGUUACUUGAUGUUAGAAAACCAUAUACUUUGUCGAUUCAAUCAUUGUUUCUUCAUUUCUAUGGUAUCGCAAUAGAAAACCAUGUACUUUUUUCUUUUGUUACAACGUGGAUUUAAUAUACCAACAUUUAUUAGUUGUAUUUUAUUUUAGCACAACCAUCGUAUUUUAUCUUGGCACAA